AGUCACCCAUAUGUGACUGUGCAGAAUUUGAGCAGUGUUGUUGUGGCCAUGUCAGUCCAAGGAUAUUCACGGUGGGUGAGAUAUCUUUUACUGGACCAACUUCUGCUGGGGAGAGAAACAAGCUUUCGAGCCUGUCUAUUCCAAGCCCUGCUGCUGGUUUGGUCCAGUAGCUGCCAAGGGGAGAGAAUCCGGCGCUGGGAUCUCUGCGGUUGAUUGCUGCCUCCAGACUGGACCCAAUUGCAGCUAGAGAGGAACUGGUCAGAGCCCAGCGCCCACACCCCAGCGUUCAUCGGUCUCGGUGAGAGAGGAGAGGUGACAAAAAGCGUGGAUGCCAUGGAUUCGGAGCAGCCGCUCAAUGGAAAACAAGGUGACCUGCCUCACCUCAAACACAGGAAACUAGUUGGGUGGAAAGUCCUGCUGAUUGUCGGUGUUGCACUCGCAAUCAUUGUUAUGAUUGUUGCUGUUCCCAUGAUAUUUUUGCCCGUGAAAUCUCCACCCGAAUCCAAGCUGCUUCAUGUCUCCACCCCAGCCCAGCUAAAUGCAAAACGCCCUACUGCCUGCUGCCCGGAUGGCUGGGUCGGGUUUCGAGGGAAAUGCUAUUAUUUCUCUGAUACCGAGGGGAUCUGGGACUCCAGCCAGAGCCUCUGCUCUUCACUCAAUGCCUCCCUGGCUGAGAUCAACACCCAGAAAGACCUGAACUUUAUUAUGCGAUAUAAAGGCGUCUCUGUCUGGAUUGGCCUGAAGCGAGUAUCGGCGCAGACCUGGCAAUGGGUGAAUGGCGAACAGUUCAACAAUCGUGAGUUUAUGGUAAGAGGAGAAGGCGACUGCGCGUACCUGAGUGAUGACUUUGCCACUUCGUCGUGGUGCUCCACGAAGCGCUACUGGAUCUGCAGCAAACCGAACAGGAUGCGAAAAGAGGACUCGAUGCCAGGGGACUGAAGGGCGAAGCCUGGGGAAACGCCUCCGGCCCAGCUGCCUGACACUCCAAAAAUCACUCAGAAGAUCCUUGAUAGAGCUUGACAGUUUAUUUUUUUUAAUAUGCCUCUCUUCUAAUUUUCUCUGUGUUGUGGCCCCUGUAUAACCUUCCUGGUUGUGUAUUAAGACCUGGUCUACACUUAAAGCUUAAAACUCAC